AUUAAUAAACUAAAACAAAUUCUACUUAUAAUUCAUUAUUAUAUAUAUUCACAGACACACAUGUGUGUGUAUAUAUAUAUACAUGUAUAAAGCUAAUAGCAAUCUUUCUUUCAGAAAUUAAACACAUCAAAAAGAAAAUUAAAACAAAGAAAAAAAAAACCCUACUACUCUCUAACAAGGUCAACAACAAGAGAAGAAUUAAUCUUUAGAGAGAGAGAGAGGGAACUCUUUUGAAACUUCAAUGGGUUGCGAAGUUCAAACCAUACAAGAAUAAGAAAAGCACCGACCGACCUUCAUUCUUUUUCCUUUCUCCUUCUUCUUCAACAAAUUAUCUUGUGCUGGGUUUUUUUCUCUCUCACACAGAAUUUUCAUUCCCAAAUAAUUCAUCAUCAUUAACCCUAAAAGAAAGAGAGAAGGGUUUUGAACCCAAAAGCCAAGAAAAAAAAAAGCCCCAAUCGGGAAUUCUCGUUGUAAUCUGGCCAAGAUCUGUGAGUUGAAAAUAUAGAGUAAGGGUUUUGGUUUUGAUAAUGGAUUUUGGGUCGUCAGCGAGAGAUAAUAAUAAUAAUAAUAAUCGCAUGGUUUUUUCUCAUGAGGACAGAGGAGGAGUAGGAGUAGCUGGAGCCAGCUGGCCUGCAACGGCGGCGGCAGCUGAAGGUUCAAUCGACGAUCAUAAUCAUCUGACGAUGAUGAUGAACGGUCCAGAUACAAAGCUAGAGUUAAUGAACUCUUCGCCCGCGAGUACUACAACAACAGGAAAUGGAAACGGCCAUGACGACGUCGUUUCGAUGAGUAGCAGCAGAUCAGAAGUAGUUGUUGAAAGAGAGCACAUGUUCGAUAAAGUAGUAACCCCAAGCGAUGUGGGAAAGCUCAACAGACUUGUGAUCCCAAAACAACACGCCGAGAAGUACUUCCCUUUAGACUCUUCCACAAACGAGAAAGGACUUCUUCUCAAUUUCGAAGACCGAAACGGCAAGCCAUGGCGAUUCCGUUACUCUUACUGGAACAGCAGCCAGAGUUACGUCAUGACCAAAGGCUGGAGCCGUUUCGUUAAGGAGAAGAAGCUCGAUGCUGGCGAUAUAGUCUCUUUUCAGCGCGGUUUAGCUGAUAAAGAGCGGCUAUUCAUCGACUGGAGACGCCGUCCCGAAGCCGUUGUUCUACCAGAUCAUCACCACCACCACAGUUCUUCAACCAUUAACAUCCCCUUCUCAUCCUUCCGCUCCUCCAACAACAGCAACAACUUCUCGUGGAGCCCUUCGCUAAUGCGGCCCCCGCCUCCCAUGAAUUACGGUGGUAACAUUUUCAAUCUUCAUCCAUACCGCACAACAAACAGUUAUGGAGGAGGAGGAGGUUGUUACAACGGUUAUGGGAAUGUGUCUAAUUCCGCUGUUUAUUCGGGUAGUGGUGGGAGUCCAGUGUUUUACCUGAGACCCCCACAUAAUAAUAUGGUCUCGGCCACAACUCUUUCUUCAAAUGUUGUGGCCGAGGACCAAUAUUCAAUUGGAAUGGUUCAGAAUCACCACCCAUCUGUGGUGUAUGGUUCGGUACCUGUGGCUCACGGUAAUAAUAAGGCUGGUGUAGCCGCUACUGCUGCUGCUGCUGGGGGAAAGAGAUUAAGAUUGUUUGGUGUUAACAUGGAGUGUAGUAGUGGUGGUAGUACUAAUUCACCAUCGGAUCAUGAUCAAUCAGAAGAAUGUGAGUUGAUUUCAUCUCAUAAUUAUCAUAAUAUUAGUAAUAAUAAUAAUAAUCUUCAUCAUCACUCUUUGCACCAUUCUUCUUCUUCUUCUUCUUCACCAUCUCAAAAUGCUAAUUCUCUCAGUCACGGCCACCAGUUAAGGCUCUAUAAUGGCACCCCAAUUCCAGGGAUUUCAACUGUUGAUUUCCUCAACAAAGGGAAAGCCUUCAAUUUUGACAUCUGACUAGUACUCUUCUUCACUCACUACUACCCUUAUUACCACCACCCAAAAAAAAAUUUCCUAUAUAUAUACAUAUAUAGUUGGAAGAGAAAGAAUCCAAAUUUGGGUAGGCUUUUGGUAACUUGGAAAUCAUAUAAUUUGAUGUAUUUUUUUUCUUUCUUUUUUUACCAAACACACUCUCCUACUAUUAGUACUACUUCCACUACCCCAUCUAGCUCUCUAUCUCUUUUUCUCCAUCGUUCGGUAUUUUCCAUCCUUUUUAAGACUACUUUUGGGUUCUGAUCAAUUAUAAGGGAAUUCGAGAAGUGGGUUUUCAGUAUAAUGGGUCAGAAUGAAUAUUGGGUAUACAAAGGUUAUUAUUUGAGGCUGUUAAUUUCAGAAUAAUUUUUUUUUUUUUAAUUUCGUUUGUUUUUAUAUAUAUAUUGUUGGGGUUGGGAAUCAAGGUUGAAGAUAGAGAAGAGGAAGAAUUAGAUAAAAAGGAAAAAAGAAAGACCAUAUAUAUCGAACUCUUCAUGUCUUCUUUUUUUUUUAAUAUUUUAUUAGUUUUUAACUCUCAUGUGUACAAAUAAUUUUAUUAUAAUACAAUUGAUGAUAUAGAUAGAAGAGAA